AUGUCAUCCAACAGCUGUCAGGAAGCAGCACAAGCUCUCGCUGCUGCCCAGUUUCGAUAUGUCGCCAACAACCCCAUCUCCAAGAAGCAACACGAACACGCCGUCGAGUCACUCCCAGGCGGAAACACCCGCACUUUGCUACACACUUCUCCGUUUCCACUUUGCAUGAGGCAUGGAGAAGGCACAUUUGUUUGGGCUGAAGAUGGCCAUAAAUACACCGACUUUGUAGGCGAACUCUCCGCCGGACUCUACGGACAUUCCCACCCCGUCAUUCGUACCGCUAUCCUCUCCACCUUCGACAAAAUCGGCCUCUCCCUCGGCUCCACCACCACUUACGAAGCCCGCUACGCCUCCCUUUUGUGCCAACGCUUCAAGCUCGAGCGCGUGCGCAUGGCUAACACCGGCACGGAAGCGAAUCUCCACGCUCUGGUGGCUGCUAGGCAUUACACGGGGAAAAGGAAGGUGAUCGUGUUCAACGGGGGUUAUCACGGUGCUUGCUUCUCUUUUGGAGGAGGAAAGCCGGCGCCAAAUACGGCCGACAAGGGGGACUUUGUGGUUGUGCAGAGGUACGGCGAUACGGAGGCAGCUAUUGAGGCUAGAAGAGUUAUUGAUGAGACGGCGAAAGAGGAAGAUCUUGCCGCGGUGUUGGUGGAGGGGAUGCAAGGUGCUGGGGGGUGCCUUCCAGGCAGCAAAGAGUUCCUGUUGGCGGUCCAGGAAGCGGCCCAAAAGGCUGGAGCAGUGUUUAUCUUAGAUGAGGUGAUGACUUCCCGACUGGCACCGAACGGAUUGGGGCAGGAGCUGGGGUUGAGCCCGGACUUGGUCACGCUGGGAAAGUACCUGGGUGGUGGAUUCAGCUUUGGAGCGUUCGGAGGAAGGAAGAAGAUCAUGGACUCGGUUUAUGACCCGAGGGUGAAAGGCAGCUUGGCCCACUCAGGCACUUUCAACAACAACACCAUGACGAUGUGUGCUGGAUAUGCCGGGCUGUGCCAAGUGUUCACGGAGGAAGUAUGUGUUAAUUUCAGGAAACUGGGAGAUGACUUCAGGGAGAAGUUGAACGGGGUUGCCAAGGGAACAAGGUUGAGGUUUACGGGGAAGGGUUCGUUGAUCGGGUUGCACUUCAGGGAGGAUGGAACGUUGGACAGCCAGGAGAGGGCGGAUUUGAGGGAUCUGUUUUGGUUUGAGAUGCUGGAGGAGGGGUUUUGGAUCACGAGGAGAGGGUUCAUUGCCAUGAUAUUGGAUACCCCGAAGGAGGAGCUGGAUCGGUUUGUUGAUGCUGUCGGCAGAUUCCUGGAGAGACACGCCGGCAUCAUGAAGCUGUAG